GGUCAGUUGGUCUGCAAACAUCAGUCUUGGAUUUGCGCUUGAAUUGCGCACUCGGAACAGUGUCGUCAUGCACGUGAAGUUUACGAUCAACGGGAAGCUAUACCAGGUUUCCCCGGACCAGCUACCGAUAGAUACGACGCUGAACACCUUCAUACGCACCAAGGCACAUCUGACAGGUACCAAGUUUAUGUGCCUCGAAGGUGGCUGCGGAGUGUGCAUCGUGAACGUGGUCGACACUCAUCCGGUUACCAAGCAACGCAUCACCUUCUCUGUGAACUCGUGUCUAUUUUCGGUAUUCUCCUGCCAUGGCAUGGAUAUCCUCACGGUGGAAGGUAUCGGCUCGAAGGCCACCGGAUAUCAUCCGGUGCAGGAACGGUUAGCACAGUUCAACGGUACGCAGUGUGGUUACUGCUCACCCGGAAUGGUGAUGAGUAUGUACAGUCUGCUCGAAGCCAACAACGGUAACGUUACGAUGGAAGACGUUGAGAAGGGUCUCGCUGGGAACAUCUGCCGCUGUACAGGCUACCGACCCAUCCUGGAUGCGUUCAAAUCCUUCGCAAUCGAUGCUCCACCAGAGGAUCAAUUGGCACGCCGGGCUCUCGGUAUCGUUUGUCAGCCGGACAUUGAAGAUCUGCCUCGCGCGAACUGUACUGGAUGUGAGCGAGACUGUUCGGCCAAGAGUUGCUUCGAUGAAACGGUGGAACUCCAGUUCGUCCCAUCCGAUCGGCGGUGGUUUCGUGUGCGUACUGUGGACGAGAUUUUUGAUAUCCUGCGCGAAGAGAAUGCUGGUGUCGGUGCGUACAUACUCGUGUCCGGUAAUACGGGGCAUGGCGUUUACAGGCGACGGAAGGAUUUGCGCCUAUUUAUCGACGUACGUAAUGUGGAGGAACUGCGCAACUAUUGGAUCGGUAGUUCCGUCAUCAUCGGUGCUAAUGUGACGCUGAGUGAGUUGAUUGAAAUACUUCGUGAAGCAGCACGUACCGAUCGACGGUUUACGUACUGCGUGGAACUGGCACGGCACGUCGAGGAAAUCGCACAUCCAGCGGUACGGCAUGUCGGGACGAUAGCCGGCAAUCUGACGCUUAAACAUCGCCACCCCGAGUUCCCGUCGGACCUGUACGUACUGUUCGAAGCGAUCGGUGUUGAGAUGACGAUAGCUUCACCGAGUGGUGCGAUGGAAAAACUGUUGCCUGCACAGUUUCUCAGCUUCAACAUGCACAGGCGCGUGUUGUUGAACGUUACGCUUCCUCCGCUCGAUUCGGACCGGUGCGUGUUUCGUACGUACAAGGUGGCGGCAAGGGCGCAAAACGCAAGCGCUCAUGUUAACGCCGCCUUUCUGUUGCGACUGUGCGUACGCAAAAUAAACGUGGAACAGGCACACCUGUGCUUUGGCGGUAUUGGACCGAAGUUUUCUCGCGCCUCCCGUACGGAACAGUAUCUAGAGGGAAAGAAUCCGUUCAACAAUGUUAUACUGCAGGAAACGCUCGCCGUACUAAAUGCUGAACUAGCCGGUGGGCAAACUGAACCCACGCCUGAUGCAUCCUACCGCCGCCAGGUAGCAGUCGGUUUGCUAUAUCGUUUCGUGCUUCACAUUGCCCCGCGUGAUCGUCGUAUAGCCAAUCCGAUAGUUCGCUCCGGUGGAUCAGCCAUACCACGUCCACUCUCAACCGGUGCCCAGUCGUUCGAUACGUAUCCAUCUAACUGGCCUCUAACACAAGCACUACCGAAGCUAGAAGCCUUCCAACAAACAGCUGGUGAAGCGGUGUACGUGAAUGAUCUUCCAAGCCGACCAGAUGAGUUGCAUGCCACGUUCGUUCUGGCAACCGUAGCACGUCGUCAGAUUCUAUCACUUGAUCCAUCCGCUGCUCUUGCAGUUCCGGGUGUGGUCGCGUUCUACUCUGCCAAAGAUAUACCCGGCCAGAAUGAUUUUGCAUCUUUGAAAGGUGGCAUCAAUUCCCCUUUCCCAUUUCGGAAUGUACGUGAGGAGAUCUUGUGCAGCGGGAAAGUCCUGUACCAUGGACAACCGAUUGGUAUUGUGGUGGCGGAAACUUUCGAGCUGGCAACGGAGGCAGCAACGCUGGUAAAUGUUUCGUAUGGAGAGUCGGAUGGCGAACCAAUUCUUCCAACCAUUGAGGAUGUGUUUGCUCACGGCUAUACAACGAACCGGUUCCUUACACUUGAACCAGAUGUCGUUGGACGAUCGUACAAUCGACCGGGAAGUACGUCGGGUACGGUGAAGAUAUCUGGUAGAUGUCACUUCCGCAGUCAGGCCCAUUUCACACUCGAACCGCAAACAUGUCUCUGCAUCCCGUCGGAGGAUGGAACCGGAAUGGAGGUGUACAGUGCGACGCAGUCUAGCCACAUGGUGCAGGUAGCUAUUGCGAAGUCACUUCAACUACGCCAGAGCAGUAUCCACGUAAUCGUACGCCCUGUAGGUGGUUCAUACGGUGCGAAACUGUCCCGUGGGGCUUGGGUGGCGAGUGCCUGUGCCCUGGCGGCAUACCGUAGUCGACGUCCAGUUCGGAUGGUUUUACCAUUCGAAACGACAAUGCAGGCGAUUGGCAAGCGCAUCGGAGGCCACUGUGAGUACGAGGUAGAUGUUCGACCAGCCGAUGGACGUAUAGUACGCCUGUCCAACACAUACCAUGAAGAUUUGGGUGCGUCUCAGUACGAAGCAAUGACGAUGCUGUUCCGGGAAGCGUUCCGCAAUUGCUACAGCGAUGACAGCUGGAGGCUCCGGCUGCGUGGCGUUCUUUCCGACUCACCCAGCACUACCUGGUUGCGAUCGCCUGGUACAGCGGAAUCGAUCGCCACGAUCGAAACGAUCAUGGAACAUGUAGCGUUUGUGACCGGGCUCUCACCACAAGUGGUACGUCUCGCCAACAUGGAACCGGGCAGUAGCAUUGCUACUUUGCUGCCUACCUUCUACGAGCAGGUAGAUUUUAAGGUUCGGAAAGCUGCAGUAGAUCGAUACAACGAAACAAACCGUUGGAAAAAGCGAGGAAUCGCAAUCGUUCCUAUGGGACAUCCAAUCCGUUACUUUGGUGGAAUGAAUGCUUGGGUUUCGAUCUAUCAUGUAGAUGGGAGUGUGGCCGUCACGAUUGGAUCACCCGAGAUAGGACAGGGCGUCAAUACGAAGGUUGCGCAAGUUGUGGCCCACACACUCGGCAUUCCAUUGGCGUUGGUUAAGGUGAAGGCUCACACAUCGAACGGUUCACCAAACGCGUUCAUUGAGGGUGGUUCCAUCAGUACGGAUCUGGUUGCAUAUUCUGCCCGCCGGGCCUGUGAAACACUGCUCGAACGUAUCCGACCCGUCCGGGACGAUAAUCGUACAGCACCGUGGGAAGCAAUAGUGCAGACGUGCUACCAGCGUCGUAUCGAUCUGUCUGCCUCGUACAACGCCAAACGGGCGGAUCUGCGUGGUUACACCGUGUGGGCACUGUGUGCAGUUGAGCUGGAGAUAGACGUACUUACCGGACAGGUGCAACCGAUCCGUGUGGACAUUCUUGAAGAUACCGGAGAAAGUAUGAACCCACUGCUGGACAUUGGACAGAUCGAGGGUGCAUUCGUGAUGGCACUGGGCUAUCAUCUACUGGAGGAGCUUCGAUAUGAUCGUGGAACUGGUGCACUAACGAAUUUCCGCACGUGGAACUAUAAGCCUCCGAGUGCAAAAGACAUACCCCAAGACAUGCGUGUACGAUUGCUGCAGAAGAGCUCCAAUCCGGCUGGUGUACUCCGGUCAAAGGCAACCGGUGAACCGGCGUAUAAUUUGGGAAUUACGGUGCAAUUUGCACUACGCUACGCGAUUGCUGCGGCACGUCGUGAUGCUGGUCUACCGAGUGAAUGGUUUGAGCUUGCUACUUCGUUGACGCCCGAUAAGAUACUCGCGCUCACCGGUACAACAAUCGAUCAGUUUGUACUGCAUUGA